AUGAGCACCAGUACUACCGAGACCGGGUUUUUCAAGCCAAAGGAGAAGAACGUCGAUGGCCUCCCAGUCCGACUCAUUCUCUGCUUUGAUGGAACCGGAGAUACAAUGCAAGGGUCAUUUAGUGCAAUGAGGGGCAAAACCUCUGGCACAAAGGAUUCAAUCAAGACCAUAUUUGACAUGGCAAGGGCGGGGCCUGUAAGCGAUUCUGAUGGGCAAAAAAGAUUCCAGUUCGUGCAGUACUUCGAAGGAAUAGGUACCAAGGAUGCAGGAUAUGGGGGCUACUUGAGCAGGGCAGUUUCCUUAUUUGAUUGUGCAACUGGGCAUGGUAAUGGCUUUUGGGAGAGUCCUGUCAUCGUCUAA